AUGUCCGCGGGCUCCGGGAGCGAGGCGGACGAGCUACCCGAUAUGGACCUGAGGGCUCUGCAGCUGGACUACCCGCCGCCGGCCAAGCGCCAGACCCGCGGCGAGCUCUACCCCUCGGGGGACAACUCCUCGGCGGCGGAGGAGGAGGAGGAAGAGGAAGACGAGGAGGAGGAGGAUGGCGAGGGCAGCUGCGCGGCUGGGCCGGCUGGCAGCGGCUGCAAGAGGAAGCGGGCGAGGGGCGGCUGUCCCGGGGGCAAGAAGGUGGUGUCGGGGCCGCGGGGGCCGCCGCCCGAGGGGAAGCAGUCCCAGCGCAACGCGGCCAACGCCCGGGAGCGGGCGCGGAUGCGGGUGCUGAGCAAGGCGUUCUCCCGGCUGAAGACGAGCCUGCCCUGGGUGCCGCCCGACACCAAGCUCUCCAAGCUGGACACUCUGCGCCUGGCGUCCAGCUACAUCGCCCACCUCCGGCAGCUCCUGCAGGAGGACCGCUACGAGAACGGCUACGUCCACCCCGUCAACCUGACUUGGCCAUUUGUGGUUUCAGGAAGACCUGACUCUGACAGCAAAGAAGUUUCUACUGCCAGCAGAUUAUGUGGAACUACCGCAUAG